AAAAUGGAAAGGAACUUAACAAACCAGACCAAUAGUGGAGGACAAUGCGACGAUCCAGUGGGACUUUAUGCUUAUGCUUGUUUUUACUACGGGGUUCAUGAUUAUCUUAGCGUGAUUUUAUGUUGUUUUGGAAUACCUGCAAAUUUUGUCAACAUUUUCAUUCUGACCCGAAAGACGAUGAGAACACCUAUCAACAUAAUAUUGACCGGUAUAGCGGUCUCUGACAUGCUGACAAUGUUAUCCUACCUUCUGUGGGCUAUUCACUUCCGGGUCAUGUAUGGACUUGAUGAUAACAGACCUGGUAAAAACACCUACGGUUGGACUUUGUUCUUAGCUUUCCAUAUCUGCCUCACAAUAACAACAUACACCAUUUCUAUUUGGCUCGGGGUGUGCAUGUCAAUUGUUAGGUAUAUUUACAUCUCAUCACUGGGGACUCGGCAACCUGGAGCAGAUGAACGAAGAUCGUGUAUUCUUGUCACCAUUGUGUUCACACUUUCAAUUAUUGCGUACAUUCCAAAAUAUGUAACUACAAAGAUUGAAAAUAUUAACUCAACGGAAGUUUAUAGGUAUCAAGGUUUUGAGAUUCAGUCACCAAAUCUUUCUCCACUGCAAACCGCUUUCGUUUGGAUAUUCCUCGUCAUUGGAAAAUGGAUUCCUUGUUUCUUGAUCAUUGUAUUCGGUAUUUUAUUAGUUUGUACCUUGCAUAAAAGUAAGAAAAGGACAGAAAAGCUUAAAGGUGCUCAGACCAAAGCGAGGCUAAAGCAGCACACAAGAACGACCGCCAUGUUGUUGGUUAUAAUUCUUAUGUAUAUUGUAUCUGAACUUCCCCAAACGAUUGUUUUGGUCAUAAGUUAUGUCAGUAAAAACUUUUUGGACUACAUUUUGUUGGGAGACACCAUAGAUAUAAUUUGUUUGAUAAAUAAUUCAGUGAAUAUAGUACUUUACUGUGCGAUGAGCAAACAGUUUCGAGAUAUGCUAUGGUCCAGUUUGUGUAAUGUUUUCAGGCUCUCAGACCCAAAGAGAUAUAUGACAGUUCAGACAACCGUUACACAUACAUGUCCGACAAAGAAUGUCUGCUACGAGCCCUAGUUUGUUGUUAAACAUUAAAAGGUUAUUAUUUAAUGGCUUUAAUGUAAAAUGGCGCCAGGACUCU